UAAAACAUUUCAAUAAACCACUCGACGCGCGACGCGCUACUAUAAUCUAUCACAUUUUACCUCUAUCUAUUUUUAUCUAAAUAUAUCCCAAAACGAAAAUAAAACUACUCGUCGAAAUUUCCCUACAUCUGAAACAAUACGUAACAGCGAGUAUCGAGAUAAACAGAUAAAAUAUAAGUCUAUUACGGUGACUGAUAACCUCAUUCGUUACUAGUGAGUUUGACAGGCUACAUCACCGGCCCGGUUGAACACCUGUUAUCCAGAAAUUACCUUCUCUCUAGCGUCCCCCGAGACAAGCGAACAAUAUGCGUGAAUGCAUCUCUGUCCACAUCGGCCAGGCGGGUGUCCAGAUCGGCAACGCCUGCUGGGAGCUCUACUGCCUGGAGCACGGUAUCCAGCCCGACGGAUACAUGCCAUCCAAUAAAACCGUCGCCGGCUCUACCGACGACAGUUUCAGCACAUUCUUCAGCGAAACGGGAAAUGGCAAACACGUUCCCCGCACCGUUUUCGUUGACCUGGAACCCACCGUAGUCGACGAAGUACGUACAGGUACUUACAGACAACUCUUCCACCCGGAACAACUCAUCACUGGAAAAGAAGAUGCGGCUAACAACUAUGCCAGAGGUCACUACACUAUUGGAAAGGAGCUAAUUGAUACUGUAUUGGAACGCGUUAGGAAACUGGCUGAUAAUUGUACAGGUCUUCAAGGGUUUUUGGUUUUCCAUUCGUUUGGUGGUGGAACAGGAUCCGGAUUCACCUCGUUGCUUAUGGAAAGACUGUCUGUUGACUAUGGCAAGAAAUCGAAGCUUGAAUUCGCAAUUUAUCCGGCUCCUCAAGUUUCUACAGCGGUUGUGGAACCGUACAACUCGAUUUUAACAACUCACACUACUCUGGAACAUACCGAUUGUGCUUUCAUGGUGGACAACGAAGCUUUGUACGACAUUUGCAGGCACAACUUAGGAAUCGAGCGUCCAACUUACACAAACUUAAACAGACUCAUCGGACAAAUUGUAUCAUCCAUCACAGCCUCUUUACGUUUUGAUGGUUCCCUCAAUGUCGAUCUAGCGGAAUUCCAAACUAACUUAGUUCCAUACCCUCGAAUCCACUUCCCUCUAGCUACCUACGCUCCUGUGAUAUCCGCUGACAAGGCAUAUCACGAACAACUCUCCGUGGCCGAUAUCACAGCCGCUUGCUUCGAACCGGCCAAUCAAAUGGUAAAGUGCAACCCAAGGCAUGGAAAAUACAUGGCUUGCUGCUUGCUAUAUCGUGGAGACGUUGUUCCUAAAGACGUCAAUGCUGCCAUAAUUUCCAUGAAAACCAAAACCAACAUUCAAUUCGUCGACUGGUGCCCUACAGGUUUCAAGGUUGGUAUAAACUAUCAACCUCCAACAGUAGUACCUGGGGCAGAUUUGGCCAAAGUACAACGUGCUGUUUGUAUGUUAGCUAAUACAACUGCUAUUGCUGAAGCAUGGGCGAGAUUGGACCAUAAGUUCGACCUGAUGUAUGCUAAGAGGGCUUUUGUUCAUUGGUACGUGGGUGAAGGUAUGGAAGAAGGAGAGUUUAACGAAGCCCGUGAAGAUUUGGGGGCUUUGGAGAAGGAUUAUGAGGAAAUCGCUACUGAUUUUGCGAAUGAUGAAGCAGAAGAAGCUGAAGAAUAUUAAAAUUUUUGAUUUUGUAUAUUAAGUAUUUAAGAUUUAAUUUAAUUAAAUACUCUGCCAUUGCGUUACGAA